AUGAUGAUCGUACUUUCGUCAUCCCCGAUCGCCGCCGUAGUCUCCGUCGCGCUUCUUCUGCUCUACUUCUCUGGAGAUACUCUAGGAGCUCCUUGCCCGAUCAAUGGCUUGCCCAUCGUGAGGAAUAUUAGUGACCUUCCUCAGGAUAACUAUGGAAGACCAGGUCUUUCCCACAUGACUGUUGCUGGUUCAGUAUUACACGGGAUGAAAGAGGUUGAAAUAUGGCUUCAAACGUUUGCUCCAGGUUCGGAGACACCGAUUCACAGGCACUCUUGUGAAGAGGUUUUUGUCGUCCUAAAGGGCAGUGGUACUCUGUAUCUCGCUGAAAUGCAUGCAAGUGUCCCUGGGAAACCAAUUGAGUUUCCCAUAUUUGCUAACUCCACACUUCAUAUUCCAAUCAAUGAUGCUCAUCAGGUCAAGAACACUGGGAAUGAAGACCUGCAGGUGUUGGUUAUUAUAUCUCGGCCGCCUAUAAAAAUUUUCACUUACGAUGACUGGUUUAUGCCACACACUGCUGCGAAAUUGAAGUUCCCUUACUAUUGGGAUGAGCAAUGCGUACAAGAAUCGCAAAAAGACGAGCUUUAG